UUAGACAGGUUUCUCUGUACUAAUAAAUGUUUGAUUAGCCAUGUUUCACUGUAGUUACAAUGUGAAAUGCUGCUUUGAAAUUGUAACUUUCAGAGAAGAGUAUCAUGUUGUGAGCACAAUUCUUUAUUUUACAGUACACAUGUGUUUGGAUAAGCCAGAAUUUGACGGUAAAACUAUCAACAGAAUUAACAGUAUCGGCAUAGGAACCAUUCCUAAAGGUGGACAGAGUGCAUUAAAAAUCUACAGAUUGGAGAAGGAAUGUGUUUUUAAGUUUGAGGCUUUAGAUACACUGCAGAUACAAGAACCAUUUUUGAAAAUUAAAUCCUGAACUGAAAUGAACCUCACCCUGGACGACAGAAAUAUGUCAUCCAGCAGCCUCAAUAUGUCAUCCAAUGUGUGUCAUGUUGAUAAAGUUAUACAGUCACAGUUACAAGGAGUGACCUUGAAUAAAUCAGAAGGUGCAUCCGAGUGUAUCUGUUUAAAGGUCAUAAACUCCACACCAAUCCCUGUAUCGAUAGGAACAUAUUCCGUGUCAUGGAGACGGAAAACGGAUGAGAGCUCUCCCUAUGUAGACACGGUGUUCCCACUGCCCACAGUCAAUACAGAGUACAGUUUCAUUUCCGUGUGCUGCCUGGUGAUCCGUAUGAACUCAAGUACAACUUGUUUCCUCUGGUGGCAGGUCAUGUAAAUUUACCCAAACUGAACUUCACCCUGCUACGAUACCCAGAUCCAAUCGACGCCAUUCUGUAGAAAAUGCUACCAACCCAUAUAUUCAUUAAGCCCUGUGGAAAGGUGUUGUCUCAAGGAACCUGAUGAGCUACAAACCUCUAACAUUUAAUGUGUGUACUAAGUUUUGUCUCAAGGAACCUGAUGAGCUACAGACCUCUGGAAGAUUUAAUGUGUAGUAAGUGUUGUCGCUCUUUGUUACUGAGCCGGAGUCUGAGUUAACAGACACUACUGACCAUGUCAUAUGUGAUUCUUCUGGAAGGAAUAUGUAUUUUAUUGCUUUGUUUUGCAUCAAAAUAUGUCUAAACAACA